GGUGCUGCGAAGAGAGUGGGGCUCAGUGGGACCAGGCAGAGGCCAGUGCAGCAGGCAGGCAGGCAGCGGAGAGUGCUGAACCACAGAGACGUGCCCGGSGUGGAUAAACCAUGUUCUCUAAGCGGGAGAAAGACUCAGCCCAGGACACAAGAUGAAGGUGGAGAGGAAGUCCUCCUCUACAGGCAACAGUUUCAGAGGCAUCCCUCRACUGCUGACACUCUCUGGCCUCGUCCUCCUCGUCUUCUCAGGCGAGGUCUUGGGGGUGAAUGUGACCAGCCACACCCAGGUGGUGAGGGGCACGGUGGGCCGAGAGGCCCUCCUGUCGGUCAGCUACACGAGCGGCAGCUCAGCCAAGCCUGUCAUUAAGUGGCAGCUGAAGAGGGACAAAGUGAAACCCGUCACCGUCAUACAGUCGAUAGGAACGGGUGUUAUAGGAAACCUGAGACCCGAGUACAAAAACCGCAUCCAGGUGUUUGACAACGGCUCACUGCUGCUUCACAACCUGCAGCUGUCGGAUGAAGGGGCGUACGAAGUCGAGAUCUCCAUCACYGAUGAAACCUUCACUGGAGAGCACAACAUUAAUCUCACUGUAGAUGUUCCAGUGUCCAAACCUUACAUUCAGAUGAUGGCCUCCUCGGUCCUGGAGUACAGCGAGUAUUUCAACCUCCACUGCUCCCACGACAACGGCACAAAGCCCGUCUACAGCUGGCUGAAAGGAGGAAAAGUGCUAACCAACGACUCGCGCCUGCUGCUCUCGCAUGACCAGAAGGUGCUGACCCUAACGCGUGUCCUGAUGUCAGACGAUGACAUAUACGCCUGCGCUGUGGAGAACCCCAUCAGCAGCAUGAAGAGCACUCCUGUUCAUCUCACUGUCUACAGUUUAGGACGGAGCUCGUUAUACAUCAUCCUGUCUACCGGGGGCAUUUUCCUUCUAAUCACCCUGGUGACGGUUUGUGCUUGUUGGAAACCUUCCAAAAAGAAGCACCGUCCUGUCCCGCAGAGAGCUCCUGUUUAUGUGGAGCAAAGUGAGAAUGGCCACGAUGUUGAUGUUGUGCCCAAACCAACAACCCUUAGUCGAAGGAGUCCGAUGCCUCUUUAUGUUCUCAAUGAAGACGAGACUUUGGAGCGUCUGGAAGAAUGUUCUGGCAGUGCUGCCUGCCAAUCAGAAAUUAACAUCCCCUCCACCUACGUUCCUGUCCUCCCCACUGCCUCCAACAGAACUGAGCGGCCCAUCUGGUCUGCCCCUCGCAGGUACCCCCGCAGCCCCUCUCCGCUGGCACAGCCUCUCCCACAGCCUCUCCCCACCCCUCCUCUACGCCCCAUCGCCUCCCCUGUUCGCUCUCCUGCUCACUCCCCAGGAUCCUCYCCACGCGGCUUCAGCCCAAUCAGAAAAGUCCGUCCUCCAGUGGGCAUCCCACCCAGUCACCUGCCCGUGGAGGUCGAGGGUCUGGAUCCCAGCGCGCAGACACCCUCACAGCAUUGACUGGCACCUGGAUGUUAGUUUUCACCCUGUGAUAUGUGAAAUUCUGUUCAUGUGUAGCUUAUCUCUGUGUUGCUGCACUUGAGAAUAAUAUAUUUUAUUUAUGCCAUGAAGUUUCAGUUGUCAUCCUCUUCUUUAUGGCUAUGCACAUAGGUUUUUUUUCUGAUCUAUUGAUUAGCCACUCUAAAGACAUUUUCCUGUCCACCAGCAUGUAGGAAAUCCCAUAAAUGAAGGCACGGUAAGAAGUUUCACCUAUGAGAUAUGUAUAUUUUACUUCUUGAAAUGUAAGUUUUGAUAUACAGAUGUAUAUAUGUUCCACGUUUGAGUGAUUUGUGUUGUUUUUGUUGAUUAUUUUUUUCUUUCCAGAUGUUAAUUACAGCACACACAUAGAGCAUAUUUACUUGUACUUCACAUUAUAUAAUCUAAUGAUAUAAGAAGAAACUGUUUUGUGAAGAUGCAUCUUGUCUUCUAUUUUUGUGACAAUAAAAUACACACCCCAUCUUUA